AAAAAAAAAACGUGUUGUUAUCGUUUUGCUACAACUUAAGAAUUCUAUUUAUUUUAUACUUUUCACUAUGUUAGACGACGUGAAACGUGUUAUAUUGGUAUUGUCGGGAAAAGGCGGUGUGGGAAAAUCUACUGUUAGCACUCAGUUAGCUUUAACAUUGAAGGAAAGAGGUUAUAAGGUUGGACUUCUGGACGUCGAUUUAUGCGGCCCCAGUGUGCCCUAUCUACUGAAUCUUGAGAACCAUAACGUCCAUCAAGGCCCCCAGGGAUGGGUCCCCGUGUACACAGACCCCGAGCAGAGGCUCGGAGUCAUGUCCAUAGGCUUUCUGUUAAGUUCUCGCAACGACGCGGUGGUGUGGAGAGGGCCUAAGAAGACCUCCAUGAUUAAGCAGUUUUUGGAAGAUGUGCAGUGGCAGGAGCUUGAUUAUCUUGUUAUCGAUACUCCACCAGGCACCUCAGACGAACACAUCACUGUGAUGGAGAAUUUGCGACAAGUGCCCCAGUGCUCCGCCAUAUUGGUGACCACUCCGCAGCAAGUCGCCAUCGAGGAUGUGAGGAAAGAAAUCACCUUCUGCAAAAAGACUGGCAUUCCCAUCAUGGGUAUCAUUGAGAAUAUGAGUGGCUAUGAAUGUCCAAACUGCAGCGAAUGCACUAACAUCUUCUCCAGCGGAGGUGGAAAGUCCCUAGCCGAGUAUGCCAAGAUCCCAUUCCUCGGCAGCGUACCCAUCGACCCACGAGUGGGCAAGCUGGCAGGACAGGGACUAGCUGCCGUCACGGAGCUGCCAGAUUCAACUACUAGUAAAGUGUUUGAUGAGCUGGUGAGGACACUAGCACAGAAUGAUAGAGCAUAGAUGUGGGUCGAGUUGCAAUAAUCGAAGAUAAUAAUAAUAAUAAUUGGCAGUUGAAUUUGAAAUGAAUGCUGUACGGAAUAAGGUUGAAAAUAUUUUAUUUUGAAAUUGAAUUACAGAAUGGCAACUUUGUGGGUCAAUAUUUUUUGGAUAAAGACUGUUACAUAAUAUACGUAUGUUGUUGUUACAGCCAAUGUUAUGUUUUUGUUAUAAGUCAUAAAGAAUGAAGGUUAUUAAAAGUUGAAGCAUCGAUAACCAUACACUCUAUACUUCGUUUUUUUUAGCAUUAGGAAUAAGGUAAACAAUCUUGAUGUGUCUUUUAAUUGAAAAACACAUUUUAAAAAUAAGUCACGGCAAAUAUGUAACAAUUAUUAAUCUAAUACGAUCAUUUUUAUUCAUCUGCUUUCAUAAAUGAUAGUUACUGAUUUUUAAUAAGCGUUUUUCAAUUAAAACACAUGCCAAAAUCGCUUACCUUCCUCCAAGUUCUUUCUAAUGCUAAAAAAAACGAACUAUAAACAAAACCAUUCCUUUAGUUUUUAUGUGUGAUUGUAAUAAAAAUAAAACGAACUUUUAAAACACAAUGACAUUUAUUACGAAACUACUAACGC